UCCAUCAACUACCACAAGAGUUUUAUGGCUAAAAUGCCUUCUCCCUCUGUCACAGUGAAAUACACAAAGCUCUUCAUCAAUGGAGAGUUUGUGGAUUCAGUUUCAGGGAGAACUUUUGAAACAUUUGAUCCUCGAACAGGGGAUUCCAUAACCAGUGUAGCAGAGGCCAGUAAGGAAGAUGUUGAUGUGGCUGUGAAAGCUGCUAGGAAUGCCUUUGAUCAUGGCCCCUGGCCUCGCAUGUCUGGCUAUGAUAGAGGUCGAAUUAUGAACAAGUAUGCAGAUCUGGUCGAGCAACACUUGGAGGAGCUGGCUGUGCUUGAAACCUUGGAAUCUGGGAAGCCAUUAGGUUGUCAAUACUAUGAGAUUCCCGAAGGGAUAAAGGGCUUAUGCUACUAUGCUGGAUGGGCAGAUAAGAUUCAUGGAUUAACUCUGAAGAUGAGUGGACCAUAUCAGGGUUACACCUUGCAGGAGCCCAUUGGAGUUGUGGGUCAAAUAAUACCAUGGAAUGCUCCACUGCUGAUGAUUUUCAAUAAAAUAAGCCCUGCAUUAGCAUGUGGAAGCACCAUUGUCAUAAAAUAUGUAGAACAAACUCCUUUAACUGUGUUCUAUGCUGCUCAAUUGGGCAAGGAGGCAGGAAUACCACCAGGUGUUCUUAAUGUGUUGUCUGGUUUUGGAGAAAUAGCUGGUGCAGCCAUGAGCAAACAUAUGGAUAUUGAUAAGAUCUCAUUCACUGGAUCAACUGAGGUAGGGAGACUAAUAAUGGAGGCAUUUGCAAAGAGUAACUUGAAGCCUGUGACAUUGGAACUUGGUGGGAAAUCACCUCUGGUUAUUAUGGAUGAUGCUGAUGUUGAAGAGGCCAUAAAAAUUGCUCAUAUGGCUGUCUAUGCUAACAUGGGGCAAGUAUGUUGUGCUGGAUCCAGGGUAUUUGUUCAAGAGGGCAUCUAUGAUGAAUUUGUGAAAAAGGCAGUGGAAAGAGCAAAGAAGCAAAUGAUAGGGGACCCUUUUCUGCCAGGAGUUUGAUAAUGCCUUCUGAAUUUUUGUACUCUUUGUUGAUACAAUCAAUUUGAAAUGGCAGGGGCA